CUUAUCCCUGGGAAGAUCUGCUUUGGUCAUGCUGGACUUUGAUCCUUUUAAAAAUUGAUUUGUUUUCAAUCUGGAGUGUAUUUAAACGUUUGUUUUUUGGAGCAAGUGACACAAAUUUUGUCGUGAAACUUAACUAAGUACUUUUUCAAUAUUUAUUAACUUUUUUAGUUAGAAAUAAUCAAAAGUUUAAAUAGUUUUUUUUAUCAUGAAUUCACGACUUUUGCAGGUUUUACGACCAGGACGAGUGAUUUGCACGCAAAUAAUGAAUUUAUCAAGUGCAGCUAGUGGAAAAAAUCAGUAUGAAACUCUUCUUGUCACAGAAGCAAAACCAUUUGUCUAUAAUGUUCAACUAAAUAGACCAAAAUCUUUGAAUUCAAUGAAUAAUAAAAUGUGGCUUGAAAUUACGGAAUGCUUUAAUCAGUUAGCAGAAGAUGCAAAUUGUCGAGUCAUUAUUUUAUCAGGCGCUGGAAAAAGUUUUUGUGCAGGAUUGGACUUCAAGGACGCAAUGAGUUUUGGUCAGGCAUUAGCGGAACAUGAAGAUAUUGCGCGAAAAUGUAAAGUCAUGAAGAAGAAGAUUAAAACUUAUCAAGAUACGUGCACUUCCAUUGAGAAGUGUCCAAAACCAGUAAUUGGAGCAGCUCAUGGUGCUUGCGUUGGAGCGGCAGUUGAUAUGCUCUCUGCAGCUGAUAUAAGAUAUUGCUCAUCAAACGCAUGGUUUCAAAUAAAAGAAGUUGACAUUGGAAUGGCCGCGGAUGUUGGAACUUUACAACGACUUCCAAAAAUCAUAGGCUGCAAUAGUUUGCUUCGCGAAUUGGCGUUCACUGGUCGAAGAUUGCCAGCCAACGAUGCUCUUCAAUGUGGUUUCGUGAAUCGAGUAUUCGACAAUGAGGAAAAAUUGAUGACUGAAGCUUUGUCAUUGGCUGAGGAAAUUGCGAGCAAAAGUCCAGUGGCUGUGCAAACGACUAAAAUCAGUUUGAAUUAUUCGAGAGAUCACACGGUAGACGAAGGAUUGGCUCACAUUAGAGACAUAAACCAGGCAAUGUUACAAAGCGAAGACUUCAUAAAUGCAGUAAUUGCACAAGCAACAAAAGGAGAUCCUCCAGUAUUUUCAAAAUUGUAAAGUAUUCUUUACAAAUACU